GAGGAUGAAAGAGUGUGUGUAUAUAUAUAUAUAGGAUUGGUUGUGUGUGGGAGAAAGUGUGGAAUUGUGAAAGAGAGAAGAUAGAGAGAGAGAGGGAUGAAGAAUGAGCUGGGAAAUCUGGUGGAGUCGAUAAAGUCGAAGGUGAGAUCUCUGAACCUGAAGAAAGGGAGAAAACCUUACGUAAAGAUGGACAAGAGUGCGAGUGUCAAAGUUGAGAUUCGCAGCAGAAAAGCUCGUAAGCUUAUAGAGAAGACCUUGAAGGCUGCUGACACUCAUCCUCGUUAAUCCUUUCUUCCUUUUUCAAUUUCUUCCAUUCCAUUGUAACAGAUAAUACUUUAGGUUACAGAUUCUUCUUUCUUUCUUUCUCUCCAUGGUUGGUCCAAACACCACCAACCACCCGACUCUUUUAUUUUUUUUCCUUUUAGUAAUACUUUUCAUGAUUCCUGCAAAUAAAUAAUUUUAUAGUUUGUAGUCUA